AUGGCACAACAAGAACUGCCUGAAAAGCUAGACAAACGCUCGGCAGUGCACGAUGAGUAUGCGGACAACCACGCGCUUGCGCUCCUGUCAUCGGAAGUCAGGUAUGACAACGGAGAAUUGCGGGAUCUUGCACGCGAUCCGUACGUUUUUGGAGCAGCCUUGUUAGCAUCCUUUGGUGGUUUCUCCUUCGGUUAUGAUCAGGGUGUCAUAUCCAUUAUCCUAGUCAUGUCCCAGUUCCGAGACCAAUUUCCUGAAACGUCGCCGGAUCAUGCACACUAUGGGUUCAACGUUGGACUCAUGACCGGAAUGCUGGAGUUGGGAGCUUUCGUCGGCUCCACAUUCUUCUUCGUACUUGGCGCCACAAUCCAAACCGCCGUCCAAAAUUACGGUACCAUAGUCGCCGGUCGGUUUAUCGGGGGAAUCGGCGUCGGCACUCUGGCCCUGGGUGCCCCGUUGUAUAUUUCGGAGAUCUCUCCUCCCACGUGGCGCGGUGCAUUCUUGGUACUGGAAGCGAUCAGCAUCGUCAUCGGUGCAAUUGUCUCGUAUUGGAUCACCUACGGUGCUAGAUCAAUUCCGAACGAUUGGGCGUUCCGGCUCCCCUUUCUGCUUCAGAUAUUUCCUGCCCUGGUUGUGGGUGCGGGAAUUCAUUUCUUUCCCUUCUCUCCCCGCUGGCUGGCCAUGAGAGGCCGCGAUGGGGAGUCUCUGGACUGUCUCUCAAAGCUGCGUAGGCGAUCGCCGCAGGACGAAAAUGUGCAGCUGGAAUGGAAAGGGAUACUAUUAGAAGUCCAGUUUCAGCAGGCAAUUCUCGAGAGGGAGUAUCCGCACCACGCUCACCGUCCGCUUCUCGUGGGUGUGAAGCAGUGGAUAGACCUUUUUCGGCCCAAGUACCUCAAGCGGACACUUGUAGCCCUGGCGAUCCCUUUUUUCCAACAGUUUUCUGGAAUCAACGCGUUUGUGUACUAUGCGCCAACAUUCUUUGAAGCCCUUGGACAAAGCAACGAUAUGUCCCUGAUUCUCUCUGGUUUGAUCAAUGUUUGCCAGCUUGUCGGCGGCAUCCCGAUUCUGAUGUAUCUCGAUCGCGUGGGACGACGUAAACUCGCCAUUUACGGCGGGAUCGCCAUGGCCAUUCCCCAUCUCGUCAUGGCCGGGUUAAUGGACCGAUACAGUAGUGACUGGGCGGCACACCAGGGCGUUGGCUGGUUCUGUGUGGCACUAAUUUGCAUGUCUCCCAUUUAUCUGUAUGUGCUUUCGUACAGCACCUCGUAUGGACCCUUGGCCUGGGUCCUUCCUGCGGAGGUUUUUCCCAGCUCCAAGCGUGCAAAAGGGGUUGGCGCCGCUACCGGGAUGAUUUGGCUAGCCAACUUCAUCAUCGGUGUGGUAGUGCCCGAUAUGCUCCUCAAACUUGGAUGGGGGACCUAUCUUUUCUUCGGCUUAUUCUGUGUCGCUGCAGCGGUGUUUUCCUUCUUCUUUGUCCCGGAGACAUCGAACAAAUCGCUGGAGCAGAUGGCUGCAGUGUUCGGCGAUGAGCUCAUGGACGAGGAGCGCAGGUUGCAACGUCGCAUUGCUGGGGAGGUGUGGCAUCGCGGCCAUGCGGAGAAGGUAGUACAUGUAUGAACGAUAGAAAAUAUCGGUUUAUCGACCAGGCAAUGCUGUACCCUCAACCCCAUUCCAUCAUCCCCUCAGAACCCCCGCAAUCACUGUGCAAACUCGUAUGUGUACUUACCCGGUAAGUAGGACCAAGGCUCUGUGGGAAAACGGAACGGCAUGUAGCAAUUGUUGACGCGCCAGCACUGCUCUUCGGACAGUAGGCAGCAGCGACGGGUAAAUCUGGCACCGUUCCUAGACAGAGACAUCCUAUUGUCAGCGACAACUAAAAUAUUGCGUCAUGGAGGCCGACCGGGAUAACCACACUAAACCUGGCUUUCCCCCGCAAUGCAUUUCCCCGCAAAAUGCGGGAGAGUCUCUAGUCCAGAUGCCGGGAUAAUGAGCAGGGACGUGGGGCCCCUGCCGGAUCCUGGUCUCCACAUAACCGAUGCGUGACCUCGAAGGUAACAUCCCUCCAAG